AUGGCCGCCCCGCGGCGGGCCCCGGGGUGCCUCGACAUCAUGGAAGAGAUAUUCUCCUGCAUCCCCACCCAGCCCCUCCCCUCCCCCACCGCCGCCGCCGCCUGCUCCGACGGUGAUGGGGGCGAGGACGGCGAGGACCGCAUCAGCCGCCUCGCCGACGCGCUGCUUUCCGACAUCGUCUCGCGCCUCCCCGCCAAGGACGCCGCGCGCACCGCCGCGCUCUCCCCGCGCUGGCGCCGCGUCUGGGCCGCCACGCCGCUCGUCCUCGACGACGCCCACCUCCUCCCGGACGAGCCCGACGGGCCCCUGGGCUUCGGCACCGACUGGCGCGCCAUCGCCGAUGCCGUAUCCCGCAUCCUCGACGCGCACCCGGGCCCCUUCCGCUCCGUCCGCCUCACCCACGUCUGCAACUACGCGGCGAUCCGCGGCGGCGGCGACCUCGCGCGCGACUGGCUCCGCGUCCUCGCCGCAAAGGGCGUCGACGACCUCGUGCUCGUGUGCCGCCCCUGGCCCAUCGGCGCGGACCUCCCCGCCAAAGUCCUCCGCGUCGCCUCCCUCCGCCGCCUCUACCUCGGCCUCUGGGACGACUUUGCCGGCAGCACCAAGGCCCUCCGCCGCGGCAACGUCGUCUUCCCCCGCCUCCUCGAGCUUGGCCUCUGCCGCACCGACAUCGAGACUGCGGACAUCGACCGUCUCCUCCAGUGCAGCCCCCUCCUGGAGAAGCUCGCGCUCGUCGCCUGCUACAAUUCGCCACCCAAAGUCCGCGUCCGCAGCCGCAGCCUCCGCUGCGUGCUCUUCUGGAUGUCCGGCGCCGAGGAGGUCGACGUGCUCGUUGCCCCGCGCCUUGAGCGGCUCAUUCUGUGGAGUGAGUGCCCCGGUGCCCGUUUCGAUGAUAACUUCCACACCAGGCUCAACAUUGGCUACGUCCAGGAGCUCAAGGUGCUCGGCUACCUGGACACAAGGCUCCACGCGCUCGAGAUUUCCAACACUGUCGUCGAGGCUGGAACAAAGCCAAGCCCACGGACCAUUGUUCCAAGUGUGAAGAUCCUGGCAUUGAAGGUCCGAUUUGGAGUCCGCAAGGAGGCAAAGAUGCUGCCAAGCUUCCUGAGAUGCUUUCCCAAUGUGGUGACAUUGCAUAUCAUGUCUGAUAAAGCUGAUGAACCCACUGGCAAGCUCAAUUUCAAGUUCUGGCAGGAGACAGGCCCCAUCAGCUGCCUGCAGUCCCAAAUCAAGAGGGUGGUGUUCAGGAACUUCCGAGGGAACCGCAGCGAGCUUGCAUUCCUUAGGUUCAUCUGGGAGAGAGCGCAGCUGCUGCACAAGAUGGUGAUCGUUUUGGCCGAUGGAGAUGAUCCUGCUUCGAUGGAGCAGAUGAUCGCCAAACUGAAACCUCUAGCUGCUAGUGCUAAGCGGGCCAGCAAAGACCGGAAGUUGACCAUCUUGGUGCGUAAUGGAGACUGCGCUUGGAGCUUCCGUCGAGCAUCUGAUCUUUCUGUGAGCGACCCUUUUGAUUGCUGAAGCUCUAGGUGCUAGCUGACUAGCUGUUAUGUUAAUGAUAGCAGUGCCAUUUUACUGAACCGGCAACUUCCCCAUUUCAGUAUCUAUCUGUUGCAAGAUAUAUUUAGAUUGAUGGCUUGUGCUGUCAAGAUAGUUUAUUGUCAUCUCUGGAAAGUAAGGUUAUAGCUUUGAACAUGAGAGAAGCUUGUUAGCCCAUGCUACCUAAGGAUCUAGAUUAAUUACAGCUCAUUUCUUUGUGAUGCCAUGAUGUUUCAUCACAAAUCAUUUUGGUUGAGCUUUGAACACGAGAGAAGCUUGUUAGCCUAUGCUACUUAAGGAUUUAGAUUUACUACAGUU